AUGUCAAACUAUAACAAUACAGGAUCACGUACGAAAAAUGCACGUGAGAUAUACGUUGAACAAUUACCUUAUGGGCAAGGUUUAACACCAUGUAUGAAUAAAAAACGAAGACCUUUUACACAUUUGAAUACAGCUGAUGAUAUGGAUCUUGCUUAUCGAAGUACGCCUGAUUAUUUACGGCACUUAGCUCAUCAAGAUACAUCAGCACCAAUUGAAUUGAUAUUAGCAAAAAAUAUUCCACGUACAAAAAGUGCUAGUGAAAUGACACCAAGAAAUAAUGUAAAUCGAUCAAUAAGUGGAAAUCCUAAAUAUAAAGCUCAGGAAGAUUAUUAUGAUGAGAUACAAUCAAUGAAAAAAGAAAUGAAAACAGUAAAAGAUGAAAAUAGUAAUCUUCGUGCUAAAAUUCGACGUUUAGAAGAAGAUAAUGCACGUAAACGAAAAGAAAUGGAUGCUCUAUAUGAUACGAAUAAAGAUGGAGAUUUACGACGAACAUUAAGUGGAACAUCCACAGAUCGAAAUAAUAAUUCAUCUACUGCAAAUGUUGUCAUGAGCUUAAAACAACGAGUGUUUAAAUUAGAAAUGCAAUUGAAACAAAAAGAAACAACCAUCGAUGAAAUAAAAAGUGAUCCAAGAUGGACAAAAAGUACCGAAUUAGAAGUACAAAAUCGUGCCUUAUUUAGUGAACUUGAAAGACAAAAAGUAGCAAGAUUAAAUUAUCUUCAACAAAAUGAUUAUACGGCGUCACUUGAUGAGGAACAAAAGAAUGCUGUACGAAAAUUAACUAAAGAAAAAGAUGAUUUAAAAAAAGAAAAUGAAAGUUUAAAAAGAAAACUUCAUGAAACCGACAAAUCAGAUCGUGUAGAACCAUUAUCCGCACGUUCAACGGGUCGUGGUAAUGAUAAAGACUUACAAUCAAAAAUCGAUGAUCUUCAACGAGAUUGUAAUAAUUACGAAAAUGAACUUGCACAAAUGAAAGAUGAUAUAAAACAAUUACGUCGUGAACGUAAUCAAUUUCGUGAUAAACUCGAACAAGCUAAUGAAGAUCUUCAAGAAAUCAAACGUGAUCGUGAUCAAUAUCGUAAAAAAUUUGAACAAACUAAUGAAGAUCUUGAAAGUAUGCAACGAGAACGUGAUAAAUAUUCGAAAAUAAAUCCAACUGGUCGUUCAUCACCAGCAUUAAAACGUGAUGAAGGACCUUCAAAAUUUGAUCUAAAUUCUCGUCCAUCAUCACCUAAAACAUCAUUAGAUGGAAAAAAAACAGUUAUACCAUUGAAAAUGGGAUCUAGAAACUUACGAGAUGAUAAUAGAAUUAAUGAUCAUAAUAAUCGAGUGAAAAGUUUUCGAGAAAAACGUGCAGCUACUGUUAUUCAACGAGAAUGGCGUCGUCAUAAUAAAUCACGUAAACCUUCUUUACAUGAUACAAGUAUAACAAGACAACAAAAUUCUAAUAAAUUACAAUCACCACGUUCAAGUACGAACUUUGAUAAUGGUCCUAUGAGAAGUCGACCGACAUCAGCUAACAAUUCCAAUGAAGCUGCAUUAAAAACUGUACAAGCAUCAUUAAGAGGCUAUUUAAAUCGAACUGAAGUUGGUAAAAAUCCAAGAGAAACACCCAAUGCUCCUUCUAAAUCACGAUCACCAACUCCUUCGAGAAAAUCUCAACAUAAUGAUAGUGAUGAUGACGAUAUUGUAAUACCAUCGUCUAAUGAAAGGAAACGAGACAGUAUACUUGAUCAACCAAAAUCAAAUUCAAGACAGUCAUUACUCAAUGAUAAACUUGGAUCUAAUAAUCGAGAUUUAACUAACAACAUGCGUCGAACACCUCCACCUUCCACGGAUAGAUUUCGACCCGUAUCGCCUAAUAUCGGUAGUUCUAAACAAGGUCUUCCGAAUGAUCGAAUUAAACUUGCAACAAAUGCUACAGGGUUCAGUCCACCUAGUUUUCCUCGUUCGGCCUCUCCACCAGUUGAUGAUCGUCGACCUACAUCUCCGCGUCCUGGCAGCGGUGUUAGUGGUUCCAAGCAAAGCUUACUAAACGAUCGAAAUAAACUUGGAUCAAAUAGUCGAAUCCCAACAAAUGAUCGAGAAUCAAACUCAAAAUUGACUCGUCCAUUUUCUCCAUCAAACAAUGAUCAACGACCGGCAUCACCAUCUACUAAUAAUUCCAAACAAAACUUACCCAACGAUCAAAAUAAAUUUGGUUCAGGUAGUCGAAUUAGACCCAAUGAUCGAGAUUCAUCUUCAAAAUUAACACGUCCAUCCUCGCCUUCCAAUGAUCGUCCAACACCAAGAAAAAGUCCAUCGAAUUCGAAAUCAUCUAUUAGAGAUAUUCCAGAAGAAGAUGAUGAUGAUGAUGACGUUAUCUGA